AGGUUGUCAAGGGGAAUCUACCAUGUCUCCUAAAAUGCUCCACAUUGCUCUGUGUGCUGUAUUGCUUACAGGGGUUUUAGGAGCACCAUUUGCCUCCGAAGAAGAAGCCAAUCAAUUUUUGCGUCUUAAGAGACAAACACCAUAUUCUCACAGCUAUUGGGACCCAAGUAGCAGCCAGAAUGCCUGGGGCUACACUCUGGCUGAACAGGCUAGUGAAUCCUGGACUGCACUGAGGACGACCGCACAGUAUUACAUGGAUCUGGGAUCUUUUGCAUUUGAUGCCGACACAGCCAGGGACCACAUUAGAUCGUAUAUGGAUAUGUUACGGCAAUCUGGUGCUCAUCUCCAGCAGCAGACAGGAGAAUGGAACUGAACAGACACAUUCUGUAAAAGUGUCCAUGUACCAGACUGUACAGUGGAGAUAUUUGUCCAGACUAAGGAUGAACAGUCAGAGCCUAAAGUCGAUUGCUUGCGUCAGCUGGACUUUUACGAAAAUAUUAGCACCUGAGACAAACAUUUAUCUCUUGGACAUUCAAGCAUUCAUUGAGCUGUCAGAAAUAUCGCCCUCCUGUGCUCAAAUUACAGGGAAGCCAGAGGGGGUCUGACCCCCUUACCUUUUGUAAUGUCCCCUUAGCUAUUGUUUUUAGAAGGCUAAGAGAGGGUUAAGAGUUGGCUAAAUCAUGUUCAUUGUCUGAUUGUCCUCCGUUUUAAUAUUUGUAAGCCACUUUGGGUGUUAUUUUAAUUAUGAAAAGGUGGUGUAUACAUAUAACAAACAAUAAGUGAAUAAAUGAAAUGGGGGAA